AUGACGGUCGAACUGACUGUGCUCUUCCAGGAGAUGUGGCGUCAAGGCGAAGUCCCGCAAGAUUUAAAAGACGCAACCAUCGUGCAUCUCUACAAGCGAAAAGGAAACCGCCAACUCUGCGACAAUCACCCUGGCAUCUCGUUGCUGAAUAUCGCCGGAAAGAUCUUCGCUUGCAUCCUCCUCAAUCGUCUGAAUAAUCAUCUGGAACAGGGCCUUCUGCCGGAAAGUCAAUGCGGUUUCCGUCGCCAUCUCGGCACCAUGGAUAUGAUCUUCGCCGCCCGAUAA